AUGGAAAAGCUACUGCAUUGGUCAAUUGUUAACGCCCAAGGUGAUAAAGAAGAAAUUGCUAAAGCUGGUGCACCAGAUCCAAGAUUAUUAGAACAAUUAUUUGGGAAAGGUAACCAAGUUGAUGAUCCUACAUUAAUGAAAGAGGCUCUUCUUGUUGCCAAGAAUAAAGUGGCUACAGCAGAAAAUAGAAUCAUAGCAUUAGAAAAUUUUGAAAUGUUAAUCGAAAAUUUGGAUAAUGCUAAUAAUAUUGAAAAUAUGAAAAUGUGGGAACCUUUAAUUAAUCUAUUAGUCGAAGAAAAUUUAGAAAUUGUUGCCCUUGUAUGCUCUAUUAUUGGUACUGCAGUCCAAAAUAACGUUGAUUCACAAACUAAUUUCACUAAAUAUGAAAAUGGUAUGAAAACAUUAAUUGAAUUAGCCAAUACUACAUCAAAUAUAGACGUAAAAAUUAAAGCAUUAUAUGCUUUAUCAAAUACUAUAAGGAAUAAUGAAAAAGCAUCGGCUAAAUUUAAAGAAUUAAAUGGUCUGGAUGUUAUUUCUCCAAUUUUAAAAGAUAAAACAGUUAAGCCAAAAAUAAAAUUAAGAACAAUUAAUCUACUCUCGGCUUAUAUGUCAACUAUCAACAUAAAUGAAGAAUUCGUUACUGCCUUAAGAAAAGAUAAUAUUAUAUCAACAAUUAUUGAAAGAUUACAAGAAGAUACAGAUUUAAAUUUGAUUGAUAGAAUAUUGAAUUUCUUAUCACAACUUUACGCUUCAAAAAUAAAACUAACUGAUGCUGAAAAAGCUACUUUGGAAAAGGGUUUCAACUCCAUUCAACAUCUUCAAGAUAGUUUGAAUGAAGAAGAUUUUGCUUCAACUAAAAGUUUCUUGUGA